AUGUCUAGAGUAUCGAGAGGCCAGUGUGCCAACUGUACGUGCUCUCCAGGGUUGUUGUCACGUUCCAACCGUCGCUCCUCCCUUUUUGCGCAAAAGAUUAAUAUCAAAAGAACAAACAGUGGAGUUGGGGGUUCCAGAAGUGGUUCCAGAAAGGCAUCUGUUUUCACCAUCGAUGCCAGUCUGUUAUGUGUUCCUGAAACCAAGGAAAUCAACACUUCCAAGAGAUUAGAGGCUUUGAGAUUGCAGAUGGCCGAAUACAACCUUGGGGUCUAUAUUAUACCAUCGGAAGACCAGCAUCAAUCCGAGUAUGUUUCUGCUAUUGACCAAAGAAGAAGUUUUAUUAGUGGAUUCCUGGGAAGUGCCGGUAUUGCUAUUGUUACGAGAGAUUUGACUUGUAUGAAUGAUGUUCCUGAAGGUUUGGCUGCCCUUUCUACUGAUGGCCGUUACUUCAAUCAAGCCAACAACGAAUUAGAUUUUAACUGGUUAUUGUUAAAACAAAGAUCUACGAACCAGCCUACCUGGGAAGAAUGGACAGUAAACCAAGCCAUUCAGUUAAGUUUGGAUAGCGGCUCGAAGGUAAACAUCGGUGUGGACCCCAAAUUGAUUUCACCAGGUGUGUUCCAACACUUCUCAACUUUGAUUGCCUCUAGUUUGUCUAAGAAUGAAGCGAACAAGAAGGCGGAAGUCGAGUUUGUGGCAAUCAACGAUAACUUGGUCGACAAAAUCUGGGAAACAUUUGAGACAGUUCCUUCGGUUAAGAGAGAAAAGGUUUUUAAAUUGGAUGAAAAGUUUAGUGGCGAGUCCACUGCGGAUAAGAUUGAAAGGGUUAAGAAGUUUGCAUUCAAAAACUAUAUCGAUGGUUUAGUUGUCACUGCUUUGGACGAAAUUGCUUGGUUGUUGAACUUGCGUGGGCAAGACAUCGAAUACAAUCCCGUUUUCUUCUCUCAUUUGAUAAUUACAAAGGAGAAUGGUACAAAAUUAUUCAUAAACCGUGAUGGUCUUGAUAGUGACGUCUUGGAAUACUUGAAGGCCAAUAAUAUUAGUGUGGAACCUUAUGAGUCGUUCUAUUCGUCAUUAUUCUCCAUUUCAAAGGACUUCAACCUUACCAACAAGCAAUUUUUAAUACCUUCUAAUACCAACUGGGAAGUUCUCAGAAACUUGAAAUGCUCUUAUACUGAAGUGCUGUCUCCAAUUGAAGAAUUGAAAUCCAUCAAGAAUGCAGUAGAGAUUAAUGGUGCCAAAUCUGCCCACUUGAAGGAUGGAAGAGCUUUGAUCAAAUUUUUUGCAUGGUUGGAACAACAAUUAGUUGACAACCAAGAGUUGAUAGAUGAGUGUGCUGCAGAUGAUAAAUUGACCGAGUUUAGAAAAGAAGAAGAGAAUUUCAAGGGAUUGUCAUUCGCCACUAUCAGUGCCACUGAAGCAAAUGGUGCUAUCGUCCACUAUUCUCCAACUAGAGGUGCUUGCUCCACCAUAAAUCCUAACAAAAUGUACUUGAAUGAUUCAGGUUCUCAAUUUUUGGAAGGUACUACUGAUACCACAAGAACCGUUCAUUUCGGACAACCAACGUAUGCUGAGUCUAAGAAUUACACUCUCGUUUUGAAAGGAAAUAUCGCUUUGUCUACAUUGAAAUUCCCUGAAGCAACUUCCGGUAACUUGAUUGAUUCAAUUGCUAGACAAUAUUUGUGGAAAUUUGGUUUGGAUUACGGACAUGGUACUUCGCACGGUGUUGGUUCUUUCUUGAAUGUUCAUGAAGGACCAAUUGGAAUUGGCCCAAGACCAAAUGCAGCUAACCACUUAAAGGUCGGUCAAAUACUUUCUAAUGAGCCUGGAUAUUAUGAAGAGGGUGAAUAUGGUAUUCGUAUUGAGAAUGUUAUGGUCAUUAAGGACAGUGGAUUGAUUUACGGUGGUAAGCAUUUCUUUGAAUUUGAAACCAUAACCAGAGUUCCUCUCUGCAAGAGAUUGAUUAAUGUGGAUAUGUUGGAUGAAGAAGAAAUUGCCUGGAUUAAUGGAUACCAUAACACUAUCUGGAGAGAAUUAAACGAAUCAUUUGAUCCAAAGAGCUAUGUUUAUAGAUGGUUUAGAAGAGAAACUAGUCCCUUGGUCAAGAAGAGGUAA